AUGAAACGCAUUUCAUAUUGCGUGUUAGUGCUGGUUAUUUGCCUCAUAACCGUGCCUCGUCAAACAGAAGGCUUAGGGGGGAGAAAAGGGCAGCAGAACGUGACCGAGGUAAUUGAGCAGGUAUGUGGGAAGACAGAUUCGAAGGAGGUUUGUGUGAAAACGUUAAAAGCUGACCCAUUGGUGCGUGGGCGUGCAAAUGUGACGGCGAAGGACCUGGCAAUAUCGUUUCUGAGAAUGGCAUCAAAGAAUGCGACGGGGGUGAUAUAUGAACUGAAGGUGCUGAUGGAAAACGACAGGUUGGGUCCUCAAGUUCAACAGGGCCUAUCAGAUUGCAGGGACAUGUUGUCGGAUGCAGCAGAUCAGAUCGAGAUUGCGCUUUCUGCAAUCUCGGCGAAUGCUACAUAUAAUACUAAGGAGUGGCUCCAGGUUGCCACGGAUGCCACAGAACUCUGCAAGGCCUCCCUCGAAGGCAAUGAGCAAGUCAUGCUGACCAAGGCCAAUGGAUUCUACGAUUUAUGCGUCAUUGCCAGCGGCAUUUGCAGCCAACUCUAG